AUGGAGCGCAUGCGGCGGCUCCGGACCAAGAUCUCGGACCUCCAGGUGGGAGACAGGAAGCUCCGGUUCAGGAAGGCGGUGAUCUGCACCGGAGGCCGUGCCACGGUGCCCCCUAUCCCCGGCCUGAGGGAGUCCAGCUACAUGACGCACGUGCAGCUCUUCAAUCUGACAGAGCUUCCCAGGCGCUUCGUGGUCAUCGGUGGAGGGCCCAUCGGCCUGGAGAUGGCCCAGUCUUUCAGGCGCUUCGGAUCCGAUGUGACCCUGCUGGAGGCGGCGCCACGGAUCCUGGGACCCGAAGACCCGGAGGCGUCUGCGAUCCUCCAGCGAUCGCUGGAAGCGGACGGGGUGCGGGUCGUGGUGGAUGCCGGCAUCGAGAGGGUGGAGGACGUGGACGGUGGGGCCUCGAUCAAGAUCCACCUCCAGCCCAAGGGCGGGCCCAGGGAGGAGGUCGUGUGCGACAAGCUGCUGGUCGCCGCCGGGCGGGCGGCGAACGUGGAGAACCUCGGCCUGGAGGCCGCCGGCGUGCACAUCGUCGUGACGAACGCCCUCUUCGGCGGGCGGGGCCCGCCCGUGCUCGCGCCGUCCACCAGGGUCUCCGGGAUCGUCGUGCCCCGCGUCACCUUCACGGAGCCGGAGGCCGAGCGGGCCGGCUUGGAGGUGGACGUCUUCCGAGCAGACCUGGAGCACAACGACAGGUGCAUCCUUGAGGGCGAUCACCACGGCGGCUUCGUGAAGAUCCUGUGUAAGAAGGGGACCCAGCAGGUGGUCGGUGGCGUCAUCGUGGCCGAGCGCGCUGGCGAGAUGCUCGCAGAGAUCACCCUCGCCGCGCAGCACGGCAUUCCUGUGUCCGCACUGGGGCACACCGUGCACCCUUAUCCAACAGCCGGGGAGGGCGUCCAGCAGUGCGCCCUGGGAUACGUCCGCCAGCAUUGGGAGAAGCUCCCACCCAAGGCCUGA